AUUCCCUUGUUACCCUUGCCAAAGCAAAAUCACAUCUAUCCUCCCCUCAUCUUCAUCCCUUCCCAGCUAUAAGAGCUCCAUAUUCUUGAUUCCUUGCGCCAGGUCUCUCUCUCUCUCCCAUUCCUAAAACUCCUUGGUCGAUCGAUCUAGGGAAGGAGCGCUCUCGCCAUGGUGAAGCUCGUCUCCUCGCGCACAGCGCGGCUCUACGCCCCUGGCGGCUACCGCGAGCUCCUCGAGGGGAUCAAUGGAUUCAUCUAUGUUCUUGGCGCGGUGCUUAUCCUUGCCGGCUUGAUCUUCCAGCUCCCUAGCCACGAGAACAGCAAGCUCGGAUUGAUCCUCGCCCUCACGGGAUCCAUCCUCAUCUUCCUCGUCAAUUUGCAUGAUCUCUACGCCCACCUCGCCGGCGUGGAUUUCAAACUGGAGCUGCUCAAGGUGGAUCCGCAGUACAUCCUGGUCGAGAUCGCCGUGCCCGUCGUCACCGCGCUGGGGUCGUUCCUCGUGUUCUUGGGCCUGCUCUUCUUGCUCCUGACUGCCAAGGGGAGGUACUCGCAUCACACCAGGAACACCCUCGCGGUCCACGGAUUGAGAAUGCUCAUCGCGGGGCCGGCAUUGUGGCUGCUCGCAUCGAUCCACAACAUCUUCCAGCUCUACGAGCGCGCGAGCUUGGGCGUCCAGGCCUACGAGCGGGGGGUCACUGUGUGCUUCGUCAUCGCUAGCACGCUACUGCUGUGUGGAGGAGUGAUCGGAUUGCCAUACUGGCCCAAGACGGUGGAGAGGAGGCUCCAGAGCAAUGCGACCUGGUUUGCGAUCCUGGGCGCGGCGCUGCUUGUUCUGGGCGGAAUUGUCAACCUGAUGAGGAUCUCAACGCUGCAGCGCCUGGAGCGCGAAGGUCCUGGCCAUGGCGGCGAAUUUCUGAGAGGUGGCGCGCAGGAGAGCCUUAACCGCAUGCGCGGCGAAUCAGGCGAGCCAUUCCUGGAGGGCAGUGCCAAGCACCGCGAAGAUGUGGAGGGCGGUGAAGGUCGCAGCUUGUACAAGGAUGUGGUUGCUGGCUCUCCAGAGCGCCUCUACUAGAACCCUAAAACAGAGUGUCCGUAAAUAAUUCACCCGUUUAGGGCUUUUCUUAUUUUAUGUUAAAAUUUUGUUUAUAUGCCCUAAAUCUGUAUACAUUUUUUCUAAAGGCAAUUUGAUAGAUUUGUCUA